AUGAGUCGCACAGGGAUAUCAAUCAAUGAUCUUGUGAAUAGUCAAAACCAGUCUCCUGUCAAUACCUUCCCCUCUUUUAUUCGUGCAAACAAUCAAUCGUUCUCCCAGGCAUAUAAUCCUCGAAAUCAACCAAUAAGAACAACAGCACCUGUAAGACCAAUAGUCGAAUUCAAACUUAGUGAAGUUAGAAAUCAACCCGAUGACGGAAGGAGAAUUACGUCUAUCAAUAAUAGUAUAAAUGAACCUAGCUCGUCACCUGAUCCAUUGAACUGUGUAUCACCCUCACCCCCACUACCAUUACCACCUGAAACAUCUCGCCAAAAGAAGACGCCCACAUUAGAGGCUGGACUUGUGAAUAGUCAUACCCCAUCGACCAGACUUAAACUCAGCAAACGCACUCUUCCGCCCGAACCAGUAGAACCAAAACCCCUUUUAUCGCCUAUCUUUUCAUUAAACUCUGAUUUGCUCAUAUCACCAAGAUCUCAUCCUUUACGGCGUCCGGAAAGUGUAAUAUCGCCCUUGAGCUUAGAUCCUCCGUUGUUGCCUCGAAUACCAAGCCCCGCUUCUUCUGUACAUCAACCUCAGUCGCUGUUGCAAAACCUUUCUUUCGAAACAGAAUCGGACCUUUCUCCUUUACCACCAGAAUAUCGUACUCCUUCUGCUCAACGGACGCCUAAUCUAGCUGACAGACCAUCAGCCCCUCACCCCGUUGAAACUCCAGUCUACAUCGUACCUUGUUCCGACCCCGCGCCCUUCCAAGCCAAAGUCCCUGUGAACAUCGCAUCUCCUCUCAGAUUAUCGAUCACUCCACCAGAAACUCCUGCCCAACUCAGUGAUCCUACCGUCUCCAUCUCACAAGUGCCAGUCAAGAAUCCUAACGAGUCCCCCAUCGAUACUUUAAAUUCUCCUCUCGACCCACGGUCAUCAAAUUCGACUCAAUUUAUAUCGCCUCUCGAGAUUCCCAAUCUCAUACAAUCAUCACCUCUUCCACAUUCGAAACAAGUAACCUUAGCUCCGGUAUCAGACGAGUCAAAGCAGUUCCAUCCUCGCUUCUGGACUAUCGAUAAAUCCAAACUUGCUCAAUCCUUGCUCGAUAGCUCGUCACUCUCUCCGCUAACCUCUGACUAUUCCGAGCCUGCUCGACUCAAACUGUACCCACCGACAGCCGACACUGCUCCUCCAUCUCACCAAUCAGCACCUGUGAAUGGUAUCAGAGUCAAGCCAACCAGCUUUUUAACUUCGAAACCAAACAAGAAGACAUUAUUGGCUAAGCAGAAAGCUUCCGCUAAACCCACGAAACUACACACGGUCCCUCCGCCAAAGCCCACCUCAGCUAAUCCUAUCACAAAGCAACUUAUCGUCCGUAGAACUUCCAACAGAUUAUCGCUCAAAGGAUCAGCUUCUACCUCUUCGAAACAAUUGGACGAUUCUGUCGUAUCUUCAAGCGAGCCUGUCAUAUCUCCGAGCAUUCCAACUCUGACAACAACAUCUGACAGCCCAUCUCCUGUUUUCGUAUUACGCGCAACCACCAUGUCUUCAUUAUCCAUGAAGAAAUCAUCGAGGAGAUCAUCUCGUCGGGUCUAUUCUCCAAGAGAGGGAGAUCUCACUCCCAUAUCUGCUCCGACACCCAAAGACAGCGAAAAAUAUACGCCACCACUCCCGCUAACACCGAAAGACAGCGCAAAUUUGACACCGCCAUACGCCCAGACUCCGGAAGAUAAUCCCGAAUCCCUUCCCUCAGCGCCUGCUACUCCAAAGGACGAUGAGCAUGCUUUCAGUGAUUCAAGCUUGACCCCACCACCCGGAUCUCAAGACGCUGCUCUCGCGAAACACUCACAGCGUAAAAUCGCAAAAAGCAAAGUAUUUAAUACGAAAACACUGGGAGUUACAGGCAAGAACAAGGGGAAAGAACAGGAACAGGGGAUACCAGUGCAACAAGUGGAAGAACCAUUUGUGCCAAAGAAAAGAGGAAGACCUCCAAGACAAGGCUUGCCCAAGUCCAUCACCACUGAUCUUGAACAACAGACUCCGACACCAACAACGGAAAGGAGUACGAGUCCGCAAAAACUGACCCUCAAGUUCAACGCCCCGAAGGCUGAAGCAGCAAGUGACAAGCCAAAGAUUACAUCUAAUGAUGAAGCUAUCAAGGCUGAACUGGCGUCUACUUCCCCUGUCAAACAACCGAACAAAAAACAAGCAAAAAAGAGAAAAUCGGAAUCUAUAGAAAGCGGUUCAGCUGAGGCGACAGGUGCAGAUCUCCGAGGGAACCAAAAGGAAAACGACAAAAAGCCGAAGAUCUCACUGAAGAUCUCGAAGCCGAAAGCAUCGCGAUCACACUCACCGGUACCAUCCAAAACCGACAAUAAGGACAAUGCUGCAGUACCAAUACUCGCCGAAGACGUAAAAGGCUCAAAGAAGAAGGAAGGCGACAUCAAUACCAAGACCAGUGAAAAUAUGGGUAAGAAGGAAGUGUCGGAUGUGUCCAUUCCCAAAAAGAAAGGGAAGGGAAAACGGGUUCAAAGCGACUACUCAUCCACUGACUCAGAAGAAGAAGAAGAACGAAUCAAGAAGUCGAAAAAGAAGGCUCAUCGAGUAGUUCAUGAUGAAGACGAAGAUGAAGAUCUACCCAAAAAGAAAGCUGGAAAGACGCCUAAAGCUGCCGGAGAAAUUACCAAGAGUGAAGACCCACAUAUGCCAAAAUCUACGUCAAUCAGCAAGACAGCAUCGAAUACAGGUCUAACCGAAGGUAGUAAGGAAAGACUACCUUCAAAAUCUCCUGACAAACGCGAUUCAGUCCAAUCGUCCCCACCAAGAGCUCAACAAAUCAAAAAGAAACCUCGUCCAUCAGAACCUAUCAAAUCAGCUCUCAAGAAGGAGGUUUCGGCCAUAGGAUCCGAUACACCUGUGAAUAAAUCAGAAGGUUUAGCGAGAUCCAAAUCGACGUCUCAAUUAGUGUCUUCCGCUGAAGGAUCUAUCAAAAAGCCUUUGCCACCAAAAAAGCCCGUUCCGAAACCUGGUCAAAGUGGUACACCCGUACCUGCUGUCAAGGCUUCGGGACACGGUAUUGGAUUAUUGGGUAACACACUCGCUUUACUUCAAGGUACAUCAACCCCAAAAGCCAAAGAAGGUAAAGACUUGAAGAAAGAAACUCCCAAACCUGUCAGGCGAGGCGGCUGGACAGACGAAUGGGUUCUAACUCCUGAGCAAGAGAGGGAAUUCGCAGCCAGCAGACCACGAAGAGAAGCUGAACGGAAGGAAAGGGAAGAGUGGGGAAAUGAUCCGGUCAAUCUGCAAGAAGCGAAAGAUAUCUACCGAGUUGAUUCGAUGCAAUCUCGUACAAUAGCUAUACCGGGAGCGAUGGGUAUACAGACCGGUGGUAAAGCUUCUGCGAUGGUAAGAGCUUUAUUAGGAUUCUGA